AUGCUCUCCCUCUCCCUCUCCCUCUCCUUCUCCCUCUCACUCAUGGUUGAUCAUUCAGACGCCGUCCGCGUCGGCUGCAUUCCUGAAAUCUCCAAAGCCUACAGAUCGCUCCGGGCGAAAUGGAAUCCCAAUAGGCGUUCGUCCCCUCGCCGCAUUGGAGCUGGAAACGUGCCCGAGACUGUGGAAGCCGCCACGGAUUCAUCGUCGAGCGACGUCGAAGCGAAUCCGACCUCCAUAUCCAUUAGAGAGGACGACGAGGAACUUGGUUCCAUCGAUCAAGAAGAAGAUAGCAUGAAUGGAAUCCGCAGCUACAGAUAUAGUCACCGGAACGGCAUCGAUGAGCCGAAGAGUCCUAGGGGAGGAUGCUUCGGGCCCCGGAAAGAGAGUUUCUUCACCUCCAUGCCGUCCCCUCUCUCAAGAAGCGUGAGCCGGAGGAGCCAGCUGCCGGUGGCGCACUCCUCUAUCUCCAGGAGCGCAAGCCGGAGGAGCACCACCGAUGCCGGCACCUUUGCCCCUACCUCACUCUCGAGGAGCUCGAGCCGGAUGAGCUCCACGCCAAUCAUGUUCUCCAAUUCGACUGGGAUGCUGAAGCCUCCGGCGAUCGAGCGGACCUUGCAGUGCACCCUCGAGGAGCUGUGCUACGGUUGCAUGAAGAAGAUCAAGGUGACAAGAGACGUCCUUACGAAUACUGGGCAAAUAAUUCAAGAAGAAGAACUACUGACGAUAAAAGUGAAGUCGGGAUGGAAAAAGGGGACCAAAAUAACAUUCCAGGGCAUGGGCAACGAGCGGCCCGGCGUUCAGCCGGCUGACAUAACCUUUGUCAUCGCAGAGAAAAAGCACAGCCUGUUCAGAAGGGACGGCGACGACCUGGAACUGGCGGUCGAGAUCCCGCUGGUGAAGGCCCUGACCGGGUGCGACAUCUCGGUCCCGCUGCUGGGUGGCGAGAGCCUGGACCUGACGGUGGAUGAGAUCAUACACCCUGGCUACCAGAAGGUCAUCGCAGGGCACGGCAUGCCCGUGUCGAAAGAGCAGGGCCGGAGGGGCGACUUGAAGGUCAUUUUCCUAGUGCAUUUCCCGACAGACUUGACCGCCGACCAGCGAGCCGAGAUCGUCGGCGUCCUGGAAGGGUCGGUUUGA